CUUAUGACAUCUGUGCUCAUUAACUACUGAGCACCUUAAAACUGCUGGCUGCUGCCUGGAGCUCAGCGACUGAGAUUGGAGGAAGUAGCCCAGGCUUUGUGGUUCUUGCUUGUUGGCUGGUGGAGAUUAAUCGAUCACGCAGAAUGGAUGCAAUCCUGAACUGUAGAAUGGAGGAUGUGGAAGAUUUCUAUGAGUUGUUGGGAUGCGAUGAACUCUCCACGGUUGAACAAAUCCUGGCAGAAUUUAAGAUCAGAGCUCUUGAAUGUCAUCCUGAUAAGAAUCCUGAAGACCCCCAAGCAGUGGAGAAUUUUCAGAGGCUCCAGAAGGCCAAGGAUAUCCUGACCAAUGAGGAGAGUCGGGAUCGUUAUGAUUACUGGAGGAGAAGCAGGAUUCCUAUCCCUUUCCACCAAUGGGAAGCUCUGAGUAACUCAGUCAAAACGUCUAUGCACUGGGCUGUCAGAAGUAAGAAAGAGAAGAUGCUGGAAGAAUCGGACCCAGCUUGACCAACCAAUGUCCCAGAGGAGGAAGGGAGCCAGCAAAAAACCUCCAGGAAAGAAGUGGGCUCAGCCACAGAGAGAAAGGAUCAAGGAAAGCCCGACACCUUGGAUAAACCGUGGUCCCCACAAAGCCCCGACUCCUCAAACUUUCCAGAUGUGAAUUGCUGGCAUCUGCGUUUUCGCUGGUCAGGAGACACUCCCUCGGACCUCUUGCGGAAGUUCAGAAACUAUGAAAUAUAAAUCUCAUCUUCAAGAAGUAGAAAGAGGGCAGUCUGCUGCCGCCAUCUCCUUGGGCUUGCCCCAUAUGGUCCUUUGGUCCACAUCCUUAACAAGAAGUCUUUGUUCUUUGUGCUUAUGUAAAGGAGAGCAUUAGCUGUUACUGUUCAACAUGUGAAGCUGUCCCCAUGAUGUAUAUGCUAAGGGAGAAAAAAUUGGGAAGAGGGUGACAUGCAUGUAAAAGAGAGCAUGGCCUCAUGGCCAUCUUUGGAAUCAAGAACUGGGUUCAAGUCUUGCCUUUGACCCAUAUGGGCUAUGUCACCCUGGAAAGUCUCAUUUCCCUCCUCAGAGUCCCACAUGGCUCUAUUAAGAGUGUUAAGUUGUGGAGGACUUGUUAGUCUCUGUCAGUAGGAGGAAGUUUCCAUGUUGGAAGGUCCCCCACACCAACAAAAUCACAGACCUGAACCCCGCCCCCCAAUCUGAUGGCUUAUAUUGUUCUUUUGUGAAUUUUAUUUAUAGACAUGCUUUAUGGUUGUCAUUAUAUAUGUGGUGCUUAGUGUGUUGCCUUGUACACAACAGAGCUUAAUAAAUGUUUGUGGAAUUGUA